AUGGAAGCAGCUAUUCGGUGGUCUCCUCAUUCGACCCAGCAGACGCCCCGCUUCCUCAUCAUUGAUGUUGCCGGAAAUCGAUUACGACUGUGCCAGAUCGACCGGUUCGGCAAGGGCAAGGUGAAGUACAAGCAGCUCGUUCUCCGAGACAAACUCCCUAACUACACCGCCUUCGACUGGUCGAAAAGGGACGAGCACAUUGUUGCCAUCGGUUCUGCGUCAGGGGAAGCGGUUCUAGUCCAAGUCGAUGCUGACCGCCCUCAAUCCGACUAUAUUCAUUCAUUCCCUAUCAAGCACCAACGGAAAUGCAAUUCGAUAGCAUUCAGUUCGAAGAACUUCCUCGCUACGGGAUUGGAUCGAGUGCGAAACGAUGUAUGCUUAAACGUCUACGAUCUAAAUACUCCCUCGCUUUCGUCAUCUACAGAGCCGUACAAGAAAUUGGCGAGCUCCGAGGCCAUAUCAAGUAUCAAGUUCUUCACCGGUCAGCCAGAUACCCUAGUUGCUGGAGUAUCAAGGCAAUGUAUCCGUUUGUAUGAUCUCCGAGAUUCUGGACCUAUUGGGGUCGCGCAAUAUCAGACUCGCCAAGUUCACAAUAUUGCCAUAGACCCUCUAGACGAAAAUUACCUUGUAUCCGCUGGAACUACGGGCGAUCCUACUGUGACUGUCUGGGAUCAACGAUUCAUUAAGCAAAGGAAUUCAAGCGAUCCAGCGAGCGCUGGCCCUGUGCUAGAAUUUCGGCCUGUAGUAGACAACACCCAGUCUGCUACAAUUUGGAGUCUUCGCUACUGCGGCACCAAGCGCUCAACAUUUGGAGUCUUGGCAAAUACCGGCGAGUUCAAGAUCGUCGAGCUCGCUCAACAUUCACAUCGACCAGAGUCUCAUCAACCCUCAGUCUCCGGACCCAAUGCUCCGGCAUGGGCAUCUCCAUGUUACACAAAAACAUCGCACAGCCUAAGAUAUCCAUGGUACGAUGAACGCCACCGCGUGGCAGAGAACUCACGAAUCGUGGCGUAUGACUUCAUGACGGCUGGUAACCCCCUGGGUGGACAAUGUGCCCUUGCUCUGUGCCCGAACAGAGAGGUUGAGGUAAUCAAAGUUCCAUCUCCAGCACCCCGAAUUAAUAUUACCGCUCUAGACGAAAUAUACCGGAAUCGAGAAGUCAUCGCUAAGCCAAGCGCAAGGCAAGGCACAGUGGCAGAAGAUCUAAUUGAACUACAGAACAAGUCUUUGAGAGGGAAACAUAAGAUUAGCCCCGACCUGGGAGACAGUCUCUCAGGGAGAUUGGACAGGUUGACUAUCGAUCAUCUACAUCGAAACAUUCCUCUAGAGUCAGCAACACAGUCAAGUACGCAAGUGCAUGAGGAUCUCUUGACUUUAGCAUAUCCGCAUAUCAAGAUAGAUUUACCAGACUAUCUCAAAUCACUGCAAACUCAGAAGCAGCGAUGCCAGGAAGGAUACAACCUUGACUGCCGAAGAAAUAAAGAGGUCGUCGCUAACGACCCGUGGCUCGUAGACGCAUGGAAUUUAAUAGAACGUAUGGACGCACACGCCUGUAAUGAAGGCAUGGUGGGAGGUGACUUGGACCUCACUUACCUCGGCGUUGCAUCUAUCUGGGCGAACAAACUCACCAUGUACGAUCAACGAAUGAUCGACCCUGAUGCAAAGAAAUCGGAAACCAUCUUUGUUGAAGCCGUCAAGGAGAUCUGUGAAAACAAGGAAUUCCCACCCUUCUCUGGCAUCGCGUCACACUAUCCCGAGAAUCGGCAACUCUGCCUCUCUCUUUGCGGUUGGAAUAUCUCUAAGAAAGGCAUACGAGAGCGCUGCUCAACGCUCAUCAAUGAAGGACAAUACUAUAAAGCGAUCGUCCUUUCCGUCUUCCAAGGUUACAAAGAUGUCGCUCUUGACCUCCUCAAGGAAAUCAUCCAACAGAAACAACUUUCGAAUAUUGGCCUUGGCGCCGUUAUUGCAUGCGACUCCGUAAAUGAGGACCAGCGGCACAUGUGCUCCUGGAUGGCCGAUAUGACUGACGAGCCUUACCUCAAGGGGCUUCUUGCCUACUUUAUUAGUGGGGACUGGUCAUCCGUCGUUGACAUGCCACAACUCUCACUCACAGAUCGUGUUGGAGUUGCACUGAAAUAUCUCAACGAUGAAAAACUCACGAAUUUCCUCCGUCUCAUCACGCAAGAAACCAUCGCUUAUGGAAAUAUCGAAGGCCUUCUCCUAACGGGGCUCACCGACCGCGCAAUGGACCUAUUCGAGCACUACAUUGCGAAAUUCGGCGACCUUCAAACCGCCGUACUACUUCUAUCGCGGGCUUGUCCACUCUACAUCCAAGACGACCGCUGGCCACUCUGGAAAGACAUGUACCUCAACCAAAUGCAAGUCUGGCGCACAUUCCUCGAGCGCACUUCGUAUAUUAAAGAACACAAUCUGCGCUGCGUGUCUAGAGAAGGAAGAAGCGUGAACAAACCCGCAGCACCGAGUCUCGCAAUCCGUUGUCUAAACUGCCAAAUGAACCUCGCGUUGCGAAAAGAUGUGAAAACCUCCCGCCAGUACCUUACUCCCGUC